CUUGUUCAAGAAUCCCCCUGAAUCAGCGGAACCUGCUCGGCUCUGAUUGGCUGUUUAUGUUCUCUUCCUGCUAUGUCAUGUGACCAACUGCCGUAACAGAGCUGACCCAGAACUCUCAGACGGACCGUCUGAACGCCGCUGCUGGACCUGCAGGAAACAUGUCUGUUGUGAGGCUGGAAGAGUGCCAACAGCACAUCCGGGCGCAGCUGGACGGUGCCGUGGAAUUCUGGCUCAAAUACUCCCACGACGCAGUGCAUGGAGGCUUUUUCACUUGCAUUGGGAGGGAUGGUAAUGUCUAUGAUGAGCUGAAGUAUGUGUGGCUGCAGGGAAGACAGGUGUGGAUGUAUUGUCGUCUCUAUCGAAGCAUGGAUCGCUUCCACAGACCUGAAAUUCUAGAAGCUGCAAAGGCCGGGGGGGCAUUCCUCAGAAAGUAUGCCCGUUUGUCCAGUAGUGAAAAUCAGUGGAAAUGUGCCUUUUGUUUAACAAGAGAUGGCAAAGCCAUCAAAGUUCAGAGGACCAUAUUCAGUGAGUGUUUCUACAUAAUGGCCAUGGAUGAAUUGAGCAGGGUCACUGGUGACAAGGAAAUGCAGCUGGAGGCUGAGCAGAUGAUGGAGCAGGUGAUCUACUGGGUCCGGGAGGACUCCUCAGGCCUGGGACGGCUCCAGCUUCCAGGAGAUGUUCCCACCAACAGCAUGGCGGUUCCCACGAUGCUGCUGCAUCUGGUCCAACAGCUGUCUGAAGGCCGGUUGGAGGUGGCGAGGAAGUAUGCAGAACUGGGAAGCUGGUGCGUGAGCCAGAUUCACCAACACAUCCAGAGAGAUGGCACAGUGAUCUUAGAGAAUGUGUCAGCGGCCGGGACAGAGCUGCCUGGAUGUCUGGGCCGGCUGCAGAACCCAGGCCAUGCCCUGGAAGCAGGCUGGUUCCUGCUGCAGUAUGCGACAGGAAAUGAUAACAAGGAGAUCCAGAGAACUGCCAUUGAAAAGUUUGUGGAACUUCCUUUUGAGAGUGGCUGGGAUAAAGAUCAUGGUGGCCUGUUCUACUUUCUUGAUGUGGAUGGUCACUGCCCCACUCAGCUGGAGUGGAACAUGAAGCUGUGGUGGCCUCACAGUGAGGCUCUGAUUGCUUUCCUCAUGGCCUACAGUCAGACCAAGAAGCCCGAGCUGCUGGAGAAAUUCCUCAAGGUCUAUGACUACACCUUUAGCCAUUUUCCUGAUCCUAAGAGCGGUGAGUGGUUUGGCUAUCUGACACAAGACGGGAAAGUAGCUUUGGAUUUUAAAGGAGGACCCUUUAAAGGCUUCUUCCAUGUGCCCCGCUGCCUGUACAUGUGUGAGUGCAUCUUGGAUGAUCUGCUGGCAGAAAACCCCUGAACAUUUAGAUAGCAGUGAUCUGACAAAGGGCAAUAAUCUGAUUUAUAGUUAUAUGUGCUGACUCAAGACACAGAAAAAUUCUGAAAUUUGUCUACAUUUACCCCACUGCCUGUAACAAUUUUUUUUAAGUGAACUGCAGGAAAUUAAAAUAAAUGUUUUUCUAUACUGUCAGUUUAGUGUAAGAUUAUUUUGGUACAUUGUUGUUCAACUAAUCUAACUUCCAAACACAUCCAUGCACAGUAGAUAUUGGUGUUUUCAUCGCUGCAGCUUCAAUCUGUAUGUUUUUUGAAGAAAUAAAACUGUAUCUGAAUAAAAAUAUAAUCAUU